AAUGGACGGCAAGGAGCACACGAUGGCGUACGAGGAGGACUUUGACGCCGAAUGGUACCUCGAUACUUACUACGAACCCUCCCUGGAGGCUGUAGACAAGGAUGAAUUUCUACAGUUCACUCUUGAUAGUCUCCAUGAUGCUUUCAGGACAGCACGGGUUACCGGAAGUCGCCUGUUGGAUGUUGGUACUGGUCCUACCGUGCACUCUGUCAUCAGCGGAAGUCAACACGUCGGCGAAAUCUACUUAAGUGACUACGCAGCACAGAACAGAAAGGUGCUCACUGAUUGGUGGAAAUUGGGAACACGACCGCAAACUGGAAUAAUGGAAUAUGUCCUACGGAGAGAAAAUUCAGAUGAAAGUGUCAUUAACAGACAAGAUGACAUGCGACAGAAAGUCCGUGGGAUCUUAGCAAUUGAUGUACAUUUGGAACAUCCUCUUGGAAGCGAGUAUGGAUCAGAAUAUUUUGAUGUCAUCAUUUCGAGCUUGUGUCUCGAAGUAGCAUCCCAGUCAAUAGGGGAAUACAGAAAAGCGAUGAAGAACGUAUGUGGUCUGUUAAAGCCAGGAGGCCAUUUAAUCCUUGUCGGUUUAUGUGGACAGUCAUAUUACCGGGUUGGAGAACAAACCUUCAGUAGUCUCCCUUUGAAACGUCACCAGGCGGAAGAGGUCCUUGAGGAUCUAGGACACACUCUUCUGAGUAUGCGUUGGAUCAAAACUCAGGAUAGUGUACUUAGUGACACCAAAGGGGCAUUUGUCAUCGUUACUCGAGCAGGUUCUACCACCAAGACCUUACUUCGCACGUAAUAGAGCAUCGUCGGAGACCCGGCCACGGUUGAUUGCACUACGUUACGCUACACUUAUCACCAGGGUAGCGUAACGCAAUCAACCGUGGGUCUCCGAUGCUCAUUCGUAUUUCAUUUCACUACCGGCAUGUCAUUUAUUGUGUCCAUGACUUGAAUUCUCGUUCUCGAGCCUUUCAUUGAACUUUGUCUCCGCAUUGCAUGGGAUUUUCAAGAAAUGACAUACAAAAUGCCCCUUUUAACAAAUUACUUCGGUCUGAUUUCACCUCAUUGUGAGUUUGGUAGUAGAACUAUGAAUACGUCAGACAAGAGUGACGAGAAAAUAUAUAUAAAAAAAACAACAAAAAAAAAACCCUGCUGCAGAAUUCUGUAGAGAAAACUGGCGUAGGGUAUCACCAGCCUUCUCUAGAAGACUAAUGAAUGCUCCCGUAUCCCAAAACCCAAACAAUGCAGCGAGUACUCGCGUUUCGUGACUUGCUGUAGUUGAGGUUCAAGAUCAAAGAGGGCGCUCUCUGUCACUUCGCGGGAUUAUAUACCAGAGCGCACCUCCAGUUCGUGCACAGAGAGUUCCAACCAGGGGAGAUAACUCUCCCUGGAUUUUUCACUACAAUACUCCAAAAUUGUUAUAUGAAAACCGAUUUAUUUUCGCAUAUAUCAAGUGAAGAUAAAAACGUACAAAAUGACGGUAAGCAUAGACAGAGUUUUACAAGUCGGAGUGUCAGUUAUCCAUAAAACAAGGGGAUGGGCGAAGAUAUUCAAUAUAUUGAUAUAUCAUAGAAAAUUAGAGCCGAAAACAAGAAGAGUCUACGAAACAUCAGAAGCGCAAGAAAAGUGUCGGGUACAAGAGGAUGAAACAAUAUCAAUACAGUUGAUUCCCAACCUUCAGAAUAAAUCGUUUCGGUGACCUGGACAUGUCCGUGAUAUUUUAACUUUUUCGUGGCAAUGUAGUGUAUUUGAGAUAUAGAUCUUGAAGGGAUAUGAAAUUGUUUGCGCAAAUUUCAUACUGUAUUUAUUAUAAAUUUAUCAGCUGACUUUCCUCUUCAAAUUGUAUUUAACUGAUAUUAAAUUAUGGAUUAACCUGCAA